UAUGGCCCUUGCGUCCAGGGUUCAGAACAUCCACUAGUGUCACUGGACUUUAAAGCUAUGGCUGAAAGAGUUUGGUAAUCCAGCUGGAGUGCAUCUCCACCCUUUGAUGAGACACUUUUGUGGUUCCACGCUAUUGAUUUAAACGUGUUUUGGAAAUAGAUUGGCUUAUACUGGAAGAAUGCCUGUAAAUCUACUAGAACUACACAACAAACUAUUUGUGAUGUUAAAUCUAAAUGGAAACUUGUGAAAUCUAUUCAGAUAAAAUCAUAACCUAUCUUCUUUUUUUCUUUCUCAGGAAAAUGGCAGACAGUUUUUCGCUUAAUGAUGCCCUUUCUGGGUCUGGGAACCCAAACCCUCAAAGAUGGCCUGGUCCAUGGGGAAACCAGCCUGCUGGGGCAGGAGGCUACCCAGGGGCCGCCUAUCCUGGGGCUUACCCUGGAGAGGCACCUCCUGCCGUCUGCCCUGCAGCUCCUGAAAACUACCCCGGACCGGCUGCUCCUGGCGCCUACCCUGGGCUUCCUGGAAACGCUUACCCUGGACAGGCGCCUCCUGGUGCUUACCCCGGACAGGCGCCUCCUGGUGCUUACCCUGGACAGGCGCCUCCUGGUGCUUACCCUGGACAGGCACCUCCUGGUGCUUACCCCGGACAGUCGCCUCCUGGUGUCUACCCUAGUCCCACAGCACCUGCUUAUCCCGGACCAACUGCACCAGGAACCCACCCUGGACAUCCAAGUGGGCCCGGGGCCUACCCUGGUGCCGGCCCCACUGGUGUCCCUGCUGGACCACUGACUGUGCCUUAUAACCUGGCUUUCCCCGGAGGAAUCAUGCCUCGCAUGCUGGUAACCAUUAUGGGCACAGUAAAGCCCAAUGCAAACAGCAUUGUUUUAGAUUUCAAGACAGGGAAUGAAAUCGCCUUCCACUUUAACCCACGCUUCAAUGAGGACAACAAGAGAGUCAUUGUAUGCAAUUCAAAGCUGAGUAACACCUGGGGAAAGGAAGAAAGACAGACGAUUUUCCCAUUUGAAAGUGGUAAACCAUUCAAAAUCCAAGUACUGGUGGAAGCUGACCACUUCAAGGUUGCGGUCAACGAUGCUCACUUGUUGCAGUACAAUCAUCGGGUGAAAAAUCUCAGGGAAAUCAGUGCAUUGGGAAUUUCUGGUGACGUGAGUCUCACCAGUGCUUCACACAUUAUGAUAUAAUCUUAAAGGGGCAGAUAUUCUUUUAAAAAAUGAAACUGAAUAAAUCUUACCCAUUUAAGUUUCAUGUUCACUGUAAGGGAAACAUUUUACCUUUAUUCAACAACAUCCUUCUUGUAAAUCAUCCAUUUAAUAAAUAUUCUAAGAGUUA